AAGUUUCUAUUGCAGACGUAUUUUGUGGAAGACUACCAGGUUGUGUCUUGCCAUACACUAUAUCUUCAGUACUUCAAGAAGCACCAGUGUAAGUGUCUUGAACAACAACUGAUAUUGCAGAAGUAUUUUGUGGAAGACUACCAGGUUGUCUUGCCAGACACUAUAUCUUCAGUACUUCAAGAACCACCAGUGUAAGUGUCUUGAACAACAACUGAUAUUGCAGAAGUAUUUUGUGGAAGACUACCAGGUUGUGUCUUGCCAGACACUAUAUCUUCAGUACUUCAAGAACCACCAGUGUAAGUGUCUUGAACAACAACUGAUAUUGCAGAAGUAUUUUGUGGAAGACUACCAGGUUGUGUCUUGCCAGACACUAUAUCUUCAGUACUUCAAGAAAGGCAACAGAUGUUCUUCUUGUGAAUUUUUAACUAGUUAUUACUAAUUAAACGAUUUUGCUUUUGAUAUUGGGAAUUCUAAAAAUGCAUGGCAGUUAAUUCUUUGAGGGUUCAUUUUGUAGUUCUAUGACUUUUAAGCUGGGGUCCGAGCUGUAGUACUGCAACAUGAGCUCAGCUUACUCAGAUAAGCUGUGAGCAGUAAAUUUGGGCCUAAAUAUGAGAGAAUGAAUCUCUGUGGUAAGUGUGCACCAUAUAAAACAAAGCCUGCAGCAGGCAGUGCAUAAUGAGAAAAAAAAGUGCAACUGUGUUUUUGGAUUAAAAGAGCAAAUUUAUGGUGUAUUUUCAUGUGUUUUAUAUAGUAGCAUUCACUGUUUCUUGGUCUCAUUUGACAGAAUAGAAGAUGUAUUACAGAAAUGACUUUGAUGGAUUUUAGUGCAGAAAAUAACUUGAAAUUGAGUUCAGAGUAGUAGAAAUGUUCUAUUUUUGCUGAUAUUAGAGGGUAAACAAUCACAUUAUGUGUCCAAUACACAUCAGCUGGUGGGUUUAAUGUGUGCUGCUGAAUGCACUGAUAUUAUUUAUACAAUUAUUACAAUAUUGAAUAACAGUAACUUUUCUAUUUUGUAGUGUGCAUAAAAAUAAUUUGUGAAUAAAAAAUCAAAAUGAAAUUCAUCUGUAAAGCCUACAAAUGUAACUAAUAUGUACUAGAUAUGUAGUGUUUAAUGCCAGGUUGCCUGUACUGAUUAUUCUGGACCCUAUUUUGAAAUUGGAAUAUUUUGAAUUUUGUGUGAAAUUGGCCAUAUUUCCAAUACCAGGUUGACUGCAUUGAUAAUUCUGGACCCUAUUUUGAAAUUGGAAUAUUUUGAAUUUUCUGUGAAAUUGGCCAUAUUACCAAUACCAGGUUGCUUGUUUUGAUUAUCCUGGACCUUAUUUUGAAAUUGGAAUAUUUUGAAUUUUGUGUGAAAUUGGCCAUAUUUCCAAUUUCCAAUCACUUUAUUGGGAAGUUGAAAUAGUUGAAUUGGGCAAUUUUAUGCGCUUAAUAGAUAAUAUGGAUCAAAUACUAGUGAAAUAGCUAAGAAUUUGGUCUAAUGGAACUACAUAAUUGGCCAAAAACAUAACUCGAACUGGGCAAAAUUGCCAGUGCAUAAAUAUUUCUGACACAGCGAAAUUUGCAGGAGUAUAACUUCAUCAAUUCUUUAUAAAAUUAUGUACUUUUUAUUUUAUUACAUUAUUAAUACAUUCUCUAUGAUUUCCUAAGACCCUGUGGGGAAUUUUCAGACCGGGGUUCUGAACCCUCAAAGGGUCAAUAAAAGAAUACAGAAAAAUUGUUUAAACACAAGGCAAAUAAUAAUAAUAAUAAUAAUAAUAUUGUUGAGUGUCUCUGCAGUGUUCUAGUACAUACAUUAAUGUUUUAACACAAAACAAAAAUUAUGAUAGUGUUUUAACAAACAAUAUGAACUUUAUUAAUGCUCAUAAGUAGGAAAAGUUUUGUCUAAAUAAAUCUUAACAUGGGAAUAUGUUCAUAAGGAAAACCAUGUGUUCAGUGUCCAAAAUUGUUAAAAAUCAUGAAAUAGACCUGUGUGUACAUAAGGAAGAUUAACUAUACCACUGUUGUAUGACUAAAAUAUUUUAAAUGAAAUACCUUCAUUUAAAAAAUAUGGAAAAACAUAAAAAACAUAAACCAUAUGAAUGUUCUGAGUGUCUGAAAUGUUUUAGUCAAAAAAGCCAUCUUGUGAUACACAUGAGAGAACAUACAGGAGAUAAACCAUACCAAUGUUCUGAGUGUCUGAAAUGUUUUAGUCAAAAAAACCAUCUUGUGAGACAUAUGAGAGUUCAUACAGGAGAUAAACCAUAUCAGUGUUCUGAGUGUCUGAAAUGUUUUAGUGAAAAAAGCAGUCUUGUGAAACAUAUGAGAGUGCAUACAGGAGAUAAACCAUAUCAAUGUUCUGUGUGUCUGAAAUGUUUUGGUCAAAAAAACCAUCUUGUGAGACAUAUGAGAGUUCAUACAGGAGAUAAACCAUAUCAAUGUUCUGAGUGUUUGAAAUGUUUUAGUCAAAAAAACCAUCUUGUGAAACAUAUGAGAGUUCAUACAGGAGAUAAACCAUAUCAGUGUUCUGAGUGUCUGAAAUGUUUUAGUGAAAAAAGCAGUCUUGUGACACAUAUGAGAGUACAUACAGGAGAUAAACCAUACCAAUGUUCUGAGUGUCUUAAGUGUUUUAGUGUAAAAAGCCAUCUUGUGACACACAUGAGAGAACAUACAGGAGAUAAACCAUACCAAUGUUCUGAGUGUCUUAAGUGUUUUAGUGAAAAAAGCAGUCUUGUGACACAUAUGAGAGUACAUACAGGAGAUAAACCAUACCAAUGUUCUGAGUGUCUUAAGUGUUUUAGUGUAAAAAGCAGUCUUGUGACACAUAUGAGAGUACAUACAGGAGAUAAACCAUACCAAUGUUCUGAGUGUCUUAAGUGUUUUAGUGUAAAAAGCAAUCUUGUGACACAUAUGAGAGUGCAUACAGGAGAUAAACCAUAUCAAUGUGCAGAGUGUUUGAAAUGUUUUAGUCAAAAAAGUAAUCUUGAGACACAUAUGAGAGUACAUACAGGAGAUAAACCAUAUCAAUGUUCUGAGUGUCUGAAAUGUUUUAAUGUGAAAAGAAGUCUUGUGACACACAUGAGAGUUCACCUGGAAUUUACCUGGAGAGAGUUCCGGGGUUCAACGCCCCCGCGGCCCAGUCUGUGACCAGGCCUCCUGGUGGAUCAGAACCUGAUCAACCAGGCUGUUACUGCUGGCUGUACGCAAUCCAACAUACAAGCCACAGCCUGGCUGGUCACAUACUGACUUUAGGUGCUUGUCCAGUGCCUGCUUGAAGACAGCCAGGGGUCUAUUAGUAAUCCCCCUUAUGUAUGCUGGGAGGCAGUUGAACAGUCUUGGGCCCCUGACACUUAUUGUAUGGUCUCUUUACGUGCUAGUGACACCCCUGCAUUUCAUUGGGGGUAUGUUGCAUCAUCUGCUGAGUCUUUUGCUUUCGUUGUGAGUGAUUUUCAUGUGCAAGUUCGGUACUAGUCCUCUAGGAUUUUCCAGGUGUAUAUAAUUAUGUAUCUCUACCGCCUGCAUUCCAGGGAGUACAGGUUCAGGAACUUCAAGCACUCCCAGUAAUUGAGGUGUUUUAUCUCCAUUAUGUGCACCAUGAAGGUUCUCUGUACAUUUUCUAGGUCAGCAAUUUCACCUGCCUUGAAAGGUGCUGUUAGUGUGCAGCAAUAUUCCUGCCUAGAUAGAACAAGCAACCUGAUGAGUGUCAUCAUGGGCUUGGCAUCCCUAGUUUUGAAGGUUCUCAUUAUCCAUCCUGUAAUUUUCCUAGCAGAUGCGAUUGAUACAAUGUUAAGGUCCUUGAAGAUGAGAUCCUCCGACAUGAUCACUCCUAGGUCUUUGACGUUAGUUUUUCACUCUAUUUUGUAGUCGGAAUUUGUUUUGUUUUCUUAUGAAGUUUUAGAGGGGCCACAGAUAUAUCAGAUCACUUUCUAGUUGUAGCUACACUGAGAGUAAAAGGUAGAUGGGAUACAAGGAGAAUAGAAGCAUCAGGGAAGAGAGAGGUGAAGGUUUAUAAACUAAAAGAGGAGGCAGUUAGGGUAAGAUAUAAACAGCUAUUGGAGGAUAGAUGGGCUAAUGAGAGCAUAGGCAAUGGGGUCGAAGAGGUAUGGGGUAGGUUUAAAAAUGUAGUGUUAGAGUGUUCAGCAGAAGUUUGUGGUUACAGGAAAGUGGGUGCAGGAGGGAAGAGGAGCGAUUGGUGGAAUGAUGAUGUAAAGAGAGUAGUAAGGGAGAAAAAGUUUGCAUAUGAGAAGUUUUUACAAAGUAGAAGUGAUGCAAGGAGGGAAGAGUAUAUGGAGAAAAAGAGGUUAAGAGAGUGGUGAAGCAAUGUAAAAAGAGAGCAAAUGAGAGAGUGGGUGAGAUGUUAUCAACAAAUUUUGUUGAAAAUAAGAAAAAGUUUUGGAGUGAGAUUAACAAGUUAAGAAAGCCUAGAGAACAAAUGGAUUUGUCAGUUAAAAAUAGGAGAGGAGUGUUAUUAAAUGGA